GAAGGAUUUAAAGAGGCAGAUAAAGAGAUACCAAAUAUUUCAAUUUCACGCAAAACGAAUCCUGAUGCUAUUUAUACAAGUAGAGCAUUUACAUUUAUAAAUUUGACAAAACCUAUUAAUUCGUCUUUUAUUGCUUCCGAUCUUGAACAGGAUGGAGAUAAUAAAGAUACUAAAUUAGUUGAUUUAGAAAUUCCAUAA